UUUGCCCUAGUACUCGCGUUGUUGGCUCCACCUCUUCUCUCCAAUCUAGAAGUUCGUAGACCCCGAGCUGGGGCGGAGGCAGCAGUUUCGCCCGAGCCUGGGCGGAACUGAGAGGGACGGCGGAGGCGGAAGCGGCGGCCAGGAGGGUGGAGAAGUGGAGAAGGGUCUGGCGCCGGAAGGAGGAGGAAACCCUGAAAGGAAAACAGCAACAAUCUGAGCUGCCGUGAGAGAGGGGGACAAGAUGGCGGCGCCAAGAGGGAGCCUCUGGGUCAGGGCCCAAUUGGGGCUCCCGCCGCUCCUGCUGCUGACCAUGGCUCUGGCCGGAGGCUCGGGAACCGCUUCGGCCGAAGCGUUUGACUCGGUCUUGGGUGAUACGGCGUCUUGUCACCGGGUCUGUCAGUUGACCUACCCUUUGCACACCUACCCUAAGGAAGAGGAGCUGUAUGCCUGUCAGAGAGGUUGCAGGCUGUUUUCAAUUUGUCAGUUUGUGGAUGAUGGAAUUGAUUUAAAUCGGACCAAAUUGGAAUGUGAAUCUGCAUGUACAGAAGCAUAUUCCCAAUCUGAUGAGCAAUAUGCUUGCCAUCUUGGUUGCCAGAAUCAGCUGCCGUUCGCUGAACUGAGACAAGAACAACUCAUGUCCCUGAUGCCAAAAAUGCAUCUACUCUUCCCUCUCACUCUGGUAAGGUCAUUCUGGAGUGACAUGAUGGACUCUGCACAGAGCUUCAUAACCUCUUCAUGGACUUUUUAUCUGCAAGCUGAUGACGGAAAAAUAGUUAUAUUCCAGUCUAAGCCAGAAAUCCAGUAUUCACCACAGUUGGAGCAGGAGCCUAGAAAUUUGAAAUCAUCAUCGCUAAGCAGAAUGUCCUCAGAUCUACAAAUGAGAAGUUCACAAGCUCACAGGAACUAUCUUGAAGAUGGAGAAAGUGAUGGCUUUUUAAGAUGCCUCUCUCUUAACUCUGGGUGGAUUUUAACCACAACUCUUGUCCUCUCGGUGAUGGUGUUGCUCUGGAUUUGCUGUGCAACUGUUGCUACCGCUGUGGAGCAGUAUGUUCCCUCUGAGAAGCUGAGCAUCUAUGGUGACUUGGAAUUUGUGAACGAACAAAAGCUAAACAGAUACCCAGCUUCUUCUCUUGUGGUUGUUAGAUCACAAGCUGAAGACCAUGAAGAAGCAGGGCCUCUACCUACAAAAGUGAACCUUGCUCAUUCAGAAAUCUAAGCUUUUUUUCUUUUUCCAAGAAAAGUGUAAUAGAUAUCUAAAGUUCAAUUUCUCGUAGGGUUUUUUAAAUUGGUCUCAUUGGAUAUAGGGCUUAAAAAUCACUAUAAAAUGAAAAUAAAGUUACCCAAAUCUGAGAAGGCUAUAUAUUUGCUGUAACUUUACCUGUAAUUUUUUUCUAGUAAUUUAAGAGAUGGAUAUUUGGGAUUGAAUUUUUAUUUUAAUAUCUGUAGCUGCUUUAUUAUUUGCAUUGUUUUUGGUUUUUUUAGCCUAACUCUGUGAGCUGAUCAUUGUUUUCCCCACCUCUCACCAUGAUACCAUCAAUCACUUUAGUUCGAAAGCUGAAUACUCGGUAGGAUAUGAUGCUUCUGCUCAGAAAUGGCCCACAACCUGUAAUUUGAAAUUUAGCAGGGAAUGCCCUACACUACAUUUUCAGUUGUAUUGAACUGAAAUCAUUAAAAUUUUAUUUGAAUAAUUAUGUGCUGAAAUUGGAGUUAAUAUACUCUUGAUUUUCCAGAUCUUUCCUCUCACCCCUACCCAACCUGAACAAAAAUUUGAAAUGUUCUGUUUCUACCUAUUGCUAUAUAAUAUCGUUAGGAAACAAAGUGAAGCAAAAAUGAUGAGGUCAGAAGUACAUUUUAUGUUAUUUGCACAGACUAUAGAUUUAUGUUGAAUGUGUCUUUCCAAAGAGCUAGUUUUCUCUGUUAACAUAUCAAGUAUAAGUUUAAAGAUAUUUUCUGAGAAAACUUCAUUUUGAAACUAAGAACUAGACUCUUGUGGUACAAAAUUAUAGAUUUCACUUGGCAAAAGCUAUUGUUAUUAUCAUUCCUUUUCCUAUAAUACAGAUUUAAAAAUAAGAAUUAUAUCAGGUAACAUAGUAUACUAGAAUCUUAACAUGAUUCAGUGCUUUUUUACCAUGAAAUGUUACAAAACUUUGCGAACCAAUACUUUCCGUAUACAUGGGGCAUCGCUGGCAACUGAAUUGUAGUGCUUUUUGACUAGAGUGAGUCACCCAUCUUAUAGCCUAGUCAUCAGCUUUCUCUGAGUCAAAAGAAGGCAUACAAUUAAAAACUAAUCAAGUAAGACCUUGGUCACCAAAUACAAGUUUUGGUUUUAAAAUAGGUUGUCUAGAUUUGGAAGAUAGAGGGUUAGAAGGUAAUGUGACCACAUCCAGAUGUGGAAGAGAGGAGUAAUUACUAAGGAGUCGUCAAGCAGUCAUGGUCUCAUUUUUCAUGAGAAAACAGUUACAGAACAUAGAGAUUGGAUUCGAGUACACCUUUUAAAAAACCUGGUUGUCUUAUUUCCCACCCAUGGUACAUACUUAGUAUCAGAUACAGGUUUAACGGAAAAUACAUCCAAUGAAGCAAACUGAGUUUGGAAAUAUAUAAAAUGCUGCAAAUUUAUAGGAGUCAACCCAUUGUUGGGAAAGCCAUUCCUCAUAAAACAAUAAAAGGAGUAUCUAGAUAAGGAGCAACUGUAUAAUUGUACUGUAUUCUAGUAACCUGCCCUUGGUUUUGUUUUUCUUUGCUUCCUGAAUAAGGUUACCCUGAGAUACCCUCAUUUGUCUUGAAAAUACUGAUCCAAGUGUACACAGACUUUCCCUUUAUGUUUAUGAGAUAAUUCCUGUAUGUGAAAAGAACCCAGUCAUUCCUGGUGUUUAGUAGACACUCAAAUAUUUGUGUCCUGUCCUCUUUUUAUUUUAGCAUGAUCAAACCAAACUGACAUUUUCAAAAAGAAUUUUACUUUAAAAAAAGAGUAUAUACAUUGUAAAAAAUGCUUGGCUUGAAAAUUCUAACAAAGGCAACAGAACUGAGAGGCCCCUUCUCCUAAGUAACAGUUCAGCCCUACUUUAAUGGGCCCCACUUCACUUGUUUCCAUGAGACAGGUAUCAUCCCUCAUACCACAUUAAAAGCAUCUGGAGAAGUUUGUCUUCGUCCUAGGCAAAAUCUCAAGACACUUGAGUCUGUAUUUCAAAUCUCCCAGACACAUAAGGUGCUUGGUUCAGGCCCCUAGUGUAAAACAUACUAAUUUAGGCAAUUACAUAGAUAGCAGCCACGGUAAUGAAUGAUACAGGCCCAAGAUUCCCAGUAUUCACAAAACUCCUUGCAUACCUAUUAUUUAUGAUAUAUUUUUUGGUAAAUCAAAAAUUGCCAGAUCAUCUAGUUUAUCACUCUUGUCUCAGAAGUUUCUCUGAUGCAUCAUAAGCUGAUCAACUGCCAAUCAAUCAGCAUGUGAAACAUACGUUUACUGAGUUGACAUUACAGUCAAAAGCAAACAACUUUACUCCUUGUUAUUUGUCCUGUCUUAGGCAAAUGUGCCAUUUCCAUUGUAAUUUUUGAAAUAUAUAAAAUUACUCCAUUACAAUUUUUGUGGGCUCUCACGAACCACAUGCUUGGGAAUCAUCUAGAGGUUUCUAGACCUUUUCUGUUAAAAUUAACCAGACCCCCUUGCCUUUGGAGCAAUUGUAAAAACAUUUUUGGCUGUGUCCCCACCAUACCCUGGCAGUGAUUUUUCCCUCAUACCCUAUAACCCACAAUUUAACCACUCAACAAGUACUUGAGAGUGUGAGUGCCAGGCCCUGCGCUGGGUGACAGGUCUGCAGCAACAAGCAAGACCCAGUGCAUGAUCCAUUGCUCAAUGUCUAAAGGCGACAGACUAUUAUUAAUCCGAUAAUUGCUGUGACAUAGAGUACUCUGAGGAUACAUAAGAUGGCCCUAACUUCCAGAAGAAAGUGACAUUAAGUGUAAACAUGGAGGAAAAGGGGAAGCCAAACAGGAUUCCAGGUAGUGGGAACAGUAUGCUUGAAGACAUAGAGGUAAGAGGGUAUGGAACUGCAAAUUGUUCAGCAGCUGAGAUAGAGCCUACAAAAGCAUAGCAAUAGAUGGGUCUUGGUGGACCAGAUACGAAGGGACCUUAUUAAUGUUGAACUUGAUCCUGAGCACGGUGGGAAGCCUUAGAGGGGUCAGUCUUCAGCAAGACAGUUACAGUGUUUUAGGAUGACUCUCAACAACAGUGUGGAUAGACCAGAGGGGCAAGUCGAGGGGCCAUCAAUAUAGCAGUAGCCUGUAGCAUCUAUUAAGUUACAUAUUUACCCAGCCACAUUGAAAUAGGAAUUUACAUUCCCUUCCCAGUGCUUUUAUUUUUUAAAAUAGGGUUUAAAUAAAUUCACUUCCUUUCAUUUUACUUCAUGUUACUGGGUUGGCCAAAAAGUUCAUUUGGUUUUUUCCAUAAAGAUGGCUCUAGUAGCACCUCGUUGUCUUCAACUUCAUUCGAAACAAUUUUGUUAGACUGUGUUGUGACAGCUGUCAUAGCAGUAUGCAUUUUUUAAAAACAUUAAAAUUGGUAGUUUUGUGUAGCCAUUUUAAUACUGAAGAUGGAAGAAAAUAUGCAACAUUUCCAGCAUAUUAUGCUCUAUUAGUUCAAGAAAAGUAAAAACACAACUGAAAUGCAAAAAAAAAAAAAAAAAAAAAAAUUUGUGCAGUGUAUGGAGAAGGUGCUAUGACUGAUUGAACAUGUCAAAGGUGGUUUAUGAAGUUUCAUGCUAGAGAUUUCUUGGACAAUGCUCCGUGGUCAGGUAGGCCCUUUGAAGUUGGUAGUGAUCAAACUGAGACAUUAAUUGAGAACAAUCUCACAGGAGAUAACUGACAUACUCAAAAUAUUCAAAUCAAUAAAGUUAUUGGUAAAAAUGAAAAAUGUCUUUUACAGAGAAAACUAAAUGGGCUUUCUGACCAACCCAAUAUAUUUUUGAGCUCUUAUCUAUAAGGCUCUCUGUUUCUCCACAUUUUGUUUGAAUGGUAAGCCUAGGACUGGUUUCUGGGACCUGGUCACAGUCUGAGUUUUGUCAAGCAGACUGGGAAAGCUGUUCCACGUCAGGCUAAAUUCUUAAAUUGCAGUGCUAGGUCAACUUAACCACUGUCCUCAAAUUCUAGGUUUGCCAACCCAGCUUCUCCUAACUCAGCGUGCUCUGAGCCCCUCCCAUGAGGUUUUCUGUUGCUAAACAUGUCAUUGCUUGCAUUUGAGUAGCAUCAGGAUAAGUUACCUUACUUGCCUGUCUUUCUAGACUAGAGUCUGGGGGAAGUAAUGUGCAAUGAUAGAGAUAAAAGAGUGAGAUAGUGGGAAAUGCAGUCUUGUGGGAAGGUAGGUGUAAAAUUAGUGUGGAUUUUCCAACUUCUUGCAUUAAUUAAACUCUGAAGCACAGUUUAUAUACCUUUUCUGAAAUUAUAAUUGCUGAACUUGGCUUCAUGCAUUUUACUAAGUACUUUCUUCGUGUGAUGUUAAUGAAUUCCUUGUUUAGAUCAGGUAGUCUCAACCUUUUUAUGCCAUGACCUUUUUGGUGAUUUGGCAAAGCCUAUGGACUCACUUCUCAGAAUACUGUUCUCAAAUGCACAAACUAAAUGAAGGAUUGCAAAGGAAACUAAUUAUACUAAAAUACAGUUAUUAAGAUAUUUUCAAAAUUUUGUGAUAUGGGCUUCUUUAUUAAUAUGUAAAACAAUAAGGUCUAGCGCUGAUGCUAAAAACAACUCUAAUUUCAAAUGAUUAUUUUGAAACAUAUACAACAGCCAUGAUUUGAUAUCUAAAUGUGAUUUCUAUUGGUGAUAAAGUCACAGGUACUGCUAAUACUACUAUCAAUUGUUGCUGGUGUUCAUAUCUGAAGGAAAUGCUAUAUUUCAGUUAGAAAUUAGUGAAACAAGUUCACUGAACCCCUAGUUUAAAGGUUGCCUGAAUUUACAUUGUCAUUUUUAAGAGUAAAAUAUUUUGUUUAUUAAAUUCUAAGUUAUUUGGGCUUCUAUUACUACCUCUUGUGUGCUUUGUAUACUUGAAUUGUUUUGCAACGUUAGAACAGCAAUAAUUCAAGGCUUGGAUGGAAAGAAAGCAGCAACUGAUUAGAAAUGAGAGGCUUCAACAAAAACUCUUGAUAAUGUUACCUCAAGAUAGACCAUCAUGCAGUCAGUCGUUGGAGCCCCACCUCUGUUAAUUUCUUAAUGUUUAAGUGUGUAAACUUCAAUAAAAUUUAAAUCAUCUACAUUAAACAA